UUGGGUAAUAAGGCAUUGCCACCACGUCUCGUGAUUCCAGAAUCAGAUCUAGACGAGUCCUUCUUGAAAGGUUCCGGGCCGGGAGGCCAGAAAAUCAACAAAACCUCUUCCGCAGUUCAGCUUAAACACUUGCCGACCGGCAUUGUUGUGAAAUGUCAAGAGACUCGCAGUCGUGAUCAAAACCGCAAAUUAGCAAGACGCAUACUCGCGGAACGUCUAGAUUUCAUGGAGAAAGGCUCGCAAAGUCGCACUGCUAUCCAGCAGGAGAUCAAAAGAAAAAAGAAGGCUAGUGCGACGAAGAAAUCACGGCGCAAAUACAAGAAAUUGGACGGGGACCGUGACGACAAGGAAGCGGAGACU